AUGCCUGUGCGAGACAGCCACUCGGCGAAUACAGAAGUUCCGAGCGAAGAGGACCCUGUUAUGAGUGAAAAUGAGCUCACUAAGUCUCCCAGCACAGGUUCCCGUACGGUGGCGGGAGAUGAAUCGAUAAGGGCGACCUCCACUGCAAUUCAGGAUCAGCAUCAAAUUGCAUUCCUUGCCAGGCAAUUCAGCAAUGUCUCAGGAACGCGCAGUCGAGCAGGACUGAAGAACCCUUUCACCGGCACGGCAGACCCUUCUCUUGACCCGAACUCGCCAGAAUUCGAUGCGACGCACUGGGCACGAACGGUUCUGCAAUUCGUUUCCCAAGAUCCCGACCGGUAUCCGAAACGCACCGCAGGCGUCUCCUUUCGAAACUUAAGUGUCUCGGGAUACGGCAGUCCGCUGGACUAUCAGAAGAACGUUCUGAAUGUAGUAUUUCAAGCGAUGGAGACUGUUGCCGGCUUGGGCCGUCGCAAUGAACAGAAGAUUCAUAUCCUCCAAAAUCAUCACGGGCUGCUCCGCGGCGGCGAAAUGCUGCUUGUGCUAGGUCGGCCAGGCAGUGGCGUGUCCACGCUGUUGAAGACAAUCGCCGGACAAACAAAGGGUCUGCGUAUCGAACCCGAGGCGGUGUUCAGCUAUAAAGGAAUACCUCCGGAAAUAAUGCACAGCCAGUUCCGCGGAGAUGUCAUAUAUCAAGCCGAGACCGACAUUCACUUCCCUCACCUGACAGUGGGUGAGACCCUCCUUUACGCGGCAUUGGCGAAGACUCCGCAGAACCGACUUCCAGGAGUCUCACGAGAAUGCUAUGCCGCUCAUAUGCGGGACGUCAUUAUGGCUGUCUUCGGGCUGUCACAUACUAUCAAUACCAAGGUCGGGGAUGACUUUGUGCGGGGUGUCAGUGGCGGUGAGCGCAAGAGAGUGAGUAUUGCGGAGGUAGCAUUAGCUCAGAGCCCUAUCCAGUGCUGGGACAAUGCUACCCGAGGAUUAGAUAGCGCAACAGCCCUGGAGUUUAUCCAGACAGUGAGGUUGUCAGUUGACCUAACAGGAGCCGCUGCAGUCGUCGCGCUAUACCAGGCUUCUCAACGAGCGUAUGAGGAAUUCGACAAAGUCACUGUCCUGUAUGAGGGCAGGCAGAUAUAUUUCGGACCAACCGACCGCGCAGUUGACUAUUUUGUCGACCUAGGUUAUCAUUGCCCAGCUCGACAGACUGCGGCUGAUUUUCUAACUUCACUCACUAAUCCCAGUGAACGAAUUAUCCGGCCAGGGUUUGAAGAUCGUGUACCCCGUACGUCGGCUGAGUUUGCCCAGACGUGGCGCAACAGCGAACUCCGGAAACAGCUAAUAGACGAUAUUGUUCAGUAUGAGAUGGAAAACCAAACAGGUGGGAAAUCUGUGGAAGAAUUUACUCGCUCUCGACAAGCAGAGAAAUCUUCUUGGAUGACUCAGAAGUCCCCUUACACAAUAUCGAUCCCGUUGCAAGUGCUACUGUGCAUCAGACGUGGUGUUCGUCGACUUCUAGGGGACAAAUCGUUCUUCUUCAUUACGGUCUUUGGUAACUUUUUCAUGUCCCUGAUCCUCGGCAGUGUCUUCUAUGACCUUCCAGACACCACUGCAGCUUUGAAUAAUCGGUGUAUUCUGCUGUUCUUCGCUGUUUUGUUUAACGCGUUGAAUAGCUCUCUCGAGAUUUUCUCCCUAUAUGCUCAGCGGCCAGUUGUAGAGAAGCAUGCGACUUACGCUUUUUAUCACCCUCUAGCUGAGGCUAUCGCCUCAGCGAUAUGCGACCUUCCCUGCAAGGUCCUUUCCACAAUUUCCUUCAACAUCCCUCUCUACUACAUGUCCAACCUGCGCCGAGAGUCUAGUCACGUCGCAGUCUAUUUGCUCUUUGCCUUCACUUCGACACUGACAAUGUCAAUGAUCUUCCGCACGAUUGGACAGGCUAGUCGAACCAUCGCACAAGCUUUAACUCCAGCGGCACUCUUCGUGAUCGGUCUUGUUGUAUACACUGGCUUCGUACUGCCCACACGAAACAUGCAGGUUUGGCUUCGCUGGAUAAAUUAUAUCAAUCCGCUUGCCUACUCUUACGAAGCUAUUAUUGCCAAUGAAUUUCACGGGCGAACCUUUGCGUGUGAGAGCUUUGUGCCUUCUGGUCCGGGGUAUUCCACUAACCCCAGCACGGCAAGAACAUGCUCCGUGGCAGGGUUGCCAGGAGCUGAGUCCGUGGAUGGGGACAUGUAUAUGAAUGCUACCUACCGAUAUUAUCACUCUCAUGUCUGGCGUAACUUCGGGAUACUGAUCGGAUACAUUGUCUUCUUCGGUUGCGUUUAUGUACUGCUCGCUGAGUUUGUCACCGCGCAGGCAUCACAUGGAGAGGUACUGCUCUUUCAACGUAAGAAAGUUCGUCAGUUCAAGCGCGCACAGGACGAGGAAUCCCGAGCCACUAUGCAAGAUGCGAUUGAUACAGCCGUUGCGGGGAAUGAAAAGGAAAAGGUGAUCAACCUUCAAAGGCAGACUGGCGUCUUCCACUGGAGACAUGUUUCCUAUGAAGUAUUCAUAAAUGGAGAGAAGAGAAAAAUAUCGGAUGAUAUUGAUGGAUGGGUUAAGCCUGGAACUCUAACUGCAUUGAUGGGAGCUUCUGGAGCCGGCAAGACUACUUUAUUGGAUGUACUUGCUAGCAGGGUGACGACAGGCAUUGUAACGGGUGAUAUUUGCGUCAACGGACAUCCUAGAGAUAUAUCCUUUCAGCGACAGGUCGGCUAUGUCCAGCAGCAGGAUAUUCAUCUAGAAACAACCACCAUCAGAGAGGCAUUACAGUUCAGCGCGUUGCUCCGUCAGCCAGCGUCGAUUCCUAAAGAAGACAAGCUUCAAUACGUUGAGGAAGUCUUGUCUCUUCUCGAGAUGGAAUCCUACGCGGACGCAAUUGUUGGCGUUCCAGGCGAAGGUCUCAACGUCGAGCAACGGAAACGCUUGACAAUCGGUGUCGAGUUGGCUGCAAAGCCUGAUCUACUGCUGUUCCUAGAUGAACCAACGUCUGGUUUAGACAGUCAAACAGCAUGGUCCAUUGCGUCCCUACUACGGAAAUUGUCAGACCAUGGACAAGCCAUUCUUUGCACCAUCCACCAGCCAUCUGCAAUGUUGUUCCAGCAAUUUGAUCGCCUUCUGCUGCUCGCCAAAGGUGGCAAAACAGUAUAUUUUGGCGACAUCGGUGAGAAUUUUAAGACACUGAUCGAUUAUUUUGAGAAGAAUGGAGCAGAGCCCUGUGGGCCUUCGGACAAUCCCGCCGAAUGGAUGUUGAGAGUCAUCGGAGCUGCGCCAGGGAGUGUUUCGAAGCGUGACUGGGGAAAGAUCUGGAAAUCUAGUCCGGAAUAUUCAGAUGUUCAACGCAUACUUGAUCAAAUCUGUCAGCAAAAACAGCCCCAGACCCGAGACGCCUCGCUAAGUCAACAAUAUGCCGCACCAUUCCGAACCCAAUUGUGGCUCUGCACUAAGAGAGUCUUCGAGCAGUACUGGCGCACACCCUCGUAUAUUUACUCCAAACUGACAUUAUGCUUCGGCUCCGCUCUCUUCAUCGGUCUCUCUUUCCUGAACACCAAGAUCUCGAUCCUGGGUCUGCAGCAUCAGAUGUUUGCUAUUUUUAUGCUCUUAGUCAUAUUCGCGUUUCUCACAUACCAAACCAUGCCUAACUUCAUCAUGCAGCGAACGCUAUUUGAAGCCCGAGAGCGCCCAUCCAAAACAUAUUCGUGGGCCGUGUUCAUGCUGGCAAAUAUUGUGGUCGAGCUACCUUGGAAUACGGUUGCUGCCGUACUGAUCUAUUUACCGUUCUACUACCUGGUAGGGAUGCACAAGAAUGCUGAGGCCACCCACACCGUGACACAACGGAGCGGGUUAAUGUUUCUUCUCUUUUGGUCAUUCAUGAUGCACUGCGCCACAUUUACAAGCAUGGUUGUGGCUAGCGUCCCCACCGCAGAGAUUGGCGCCAUCCUGUCUCUCCUGAUGUACACAAUGUGCUUGAUAUUCUGUGGGGUCAUGGCGGCACCCGCUAGCCUCCCAGGCUUCUGGAUCUUUAUGUACCGUGCCUCGCCGCUAACAUACUUGGUCAGCGCUAUGCUAUCAACUGGCCUAGCCAACACCGAAGUCACAUGCUCCGACAUCGAGGUUACCAUCGUGAAUCCUCCUACUGGGCAGACAUGCGCGGAAUAUUUAUCGGCCUAUAUGCAGACUGUCGGUGGGAAAGUGUAUAAUCCAAACGCGACGACGGCCUGCCAAUAUUGUGCGCUCACAGAUUCUAAUACGUUUCUGGCGUCGGUGUCGUCGGAUUACGAUGAGCGAUGGCGCAACUUCGGACUCAUGUGGGGCUUGUUGCGCGAUGCUUAA